AUGGCGAACCGAAACUCGCUCAUGGCUAUUGCCAAGCGGAAUUCAGCCUACCUCGUACCCAUGAACGUGAUAGACCCUCGAGCAUCGUGGGCCGGACAGCACAGCCAGCCUGGGCAGCCGCCUGCCUCUUUUCAACCAUCGAGUAACACAACACGCAUUGAAGAAGACGAACUUUCGCUCACGAGAUAUGAAACGAAUGAUACGCUCAAGGACGAUCCGAAGGUUGAAGAGAAAGAGGAUAUUGUCCUGGGCAGUACAGAAAUCUUCGACAAAGAUGGAAACCUGAGAUUGAUUCCGACGCCAACGCCCGACCCAAAAGACCCGCUGAACCUCAAGGAUUGGCGGAAAUGGCUUGCAGUGGCUUCUAUGUGCUUUUUCGGCUCCAUCUCACUGGCCGCAGAGAUAGCCAUUGCUGGCUUGACUCCCGUCUUUCUCCUGGAGUACUCCGGCGUUGAUCCCGCGUCGACUCUGAAGCAUGCCGAUCUUAAAGGCAACCCAGACCCUCUGGCCGUUAUCCCUCCCGGUGUUCAGCCUGUUUCACUUGCCCAAGUCUCUUUGCUUGCCACUAUCCCUCUUCUCAGCAACGGCUUCGCGACGUACUUACUAGUCCCACUGUCCACUGCUAUCGGCCGACGACCAGUCCUGAUCUUGACAUCUACUUUGUCUUGGGCCUCAGGGUUUUGGGCAGGUGCGAGCACAUCACUAACCAGCCACAUCGCCGCAAGAGUCUUCCACGGCCUCGGCUCAGGGGCAGUCGAGGCCUUGCUUCCUUUGAUUGUCCAGGACAUCAUGUUUAUUCAUCAACGCAAUAAGGCUGUAGCAGCUAUCAUUGCAGCUCAGGGCCCGAUGAUUAUUACCUUUGGUAUUCUGGCUCCCUGGAUAUCGGUCAACUAUACUUGGCGAUGGGUCUAUUUCAUUACAUCUGCCAUUGGGAUAUUUGCUUGGUUUUUCUUGAUCGCUUUCGUACCCGAAUCUAGGAGGCAACGAUCCAAGGAAGAGCUCGUUGGUCACCAGCUCUGGCCGGUCGAGCCGGGUGAGAACCGUACGAAACUGGAUUACGUCGCUUACGGUCGUCGCACUCGGUGGGACGACAUUGGUUUCUUCCAAUACGGAUUCGAAUGGAAAGAGGGUGCAAGCCAAAUUCUCGCUACAGCCAAGACAACAAUCUUUCCUGCGGUCAUAUUCUGCACCUUAUUGCAGACGGCAUUCGGUAUUGUCAUGGGUGCCAGUGGCCAAGCUGUCUCAUUCGCUCUUCUGGCUGCAGGCAUACCAUUCGAGCUGACUGGUCUGAGUAACCUAACCCAGAUCGUGUCUACCAUUGCUGUCUUCCUCAUCGGUGGUACUCUUUCCGACAAGGUCACCUUGUGGAUAUCAAAACGCCGAGGAUCACGCGAGCCUGAGUAUCAGCUAAUCAACCUCAUCAUUCCAAUUGUCUUUGCUAUUGUCGGCUCUAUAGUCUUUGGUUAUGCUGACCAGUUCCAUUUGCACUACAUGGUCCUGCUUCUCGGACAAUUUUUCCUUAUGACUUCGCCGCUUAUGGCCGCACCAAUCAUCAAUAACUAUGUUAUUGAAAGCUAUCCUCAGUGGGCUGGAGCUGUUUUAACAAACGUCUCCGUGCUUCGUAUCUUUACCUCGUUUUAUUUCAACACUCAAGUGACAACUUGGAUAUCUGAGCUUGGCCCGCUCCGAUUCAUGUCAUACAUCGCCGUUGCGCUUCUUGUUGUGUCGUCCGGCAUUCCAAUCCUUUUUAUCUACGGAAAAUGGCUCCGUAAUUUGACGUCCGGGAAGGUUAAGAAGUCUCGGAAGAAGGGCAGCGGGUGGGAAAAUGAAUAG